AUGGAGAAACCACGUCUCAGUCGAGAUCAUCAUCUUCCCACCACCACCCAUGUGAAACACCACCCCGAAUAUACGGACAAGACGGCGACGACGGCGGCGGCCAUUGCGCCAGAAGUGCGGGAAGGCGAUGUCUCCGUCUUCGGGCUGGCGCCUGGAGUGACGACGCGGGACAUCACCCCUGUCGGCAUCGUGGCGAUUGCAUUCAACAUCUGCAAUAGCUGGACGGCCAUAGCUGCCAGUCUCGCCAUCGCCAUUGCGUCCGGGGGCACGAUUUCUUUGAUCUACGGCAUGAUCGUGUCGUUUGUCAUGUUCCUGAGCACCGGAUUGAGCCUGGCCGAACUGGCCGCCGUGUAUCCCACCGCCGGCGGCCAGUAUCAUUUCACCUCCAUCCUCGCCCCGGCCAGAUACAGCAAGGGACUGUCGUAUUUUUGUGGCAUGACCGCCGUCUUCUCUUGGAUUGCACUCUGUGCUGCAGUGUCCAUCUCGACCGCGCAGCCGUUGAUAGCUCUGGUCCAGCUGUUCAAGGAGGAUUACGUUCCCAAGGACUGGCACUACUUUCUCGUCUUCGAAGCACUCCUCACCAUGGUGUUUCUGUAUAAUAUCUUUGCUCUCAAACGCACCCCUUGGGUACACGAUAUCGGAUUUGCGCUAACCAUGACCCUCUUCAUUGUCGUCACAAUCACCUGUGUCAGCCUGGCGCACCCCAAGAAGGACAACGACUUUGUGUGGAAUACAUGGGUCAACGGCUCUGGCUGGCCUGCCGGAGUGUGCUUCUUGACCGGCCUAGUGACACCGUGCUUCAUGUUUGCCGGGAUCGACUCCGCCAUGCACCUGGCCGAGGAGGUACAGACUCCGGCUCGAAUCAUUCCUCGAGCGAUUGUGUCCAGCAUCGUGGUCGGAUUUGUGUCGGCCUUUGCAUACACCAUUGGAAUGCUCUAUUGCAUCAAAGAUUUUGACGCUGUGCUGAACUCGCCUACCAACUUCUCAAUCUUGGAGGUUUACCGUCAAGCCACGGGCUCCCGGGGCGCUGCGGGGGCCUUCUGCGUCGGGUCUAUUCUCAUCGGAUGUUUUGUGCUGAACGCCUGCCAGCAGACCGCGUCUCGGCUGACGUGGUCAUUUGCCAGAGACAAUGGCAUCGUCUUCUCCAACCUGGUGCGGCGCAUCCAUCCCAAGCUCGAGGUUCCGGUCAAUGCUUUGAUUGUCAACUGGGCGAUCGUGGUGAUAACCGGUGUCAUCUACGUGGCAUCCUCUACCGCUUUCAACGCCCUGGUCGGCACCGGCAUGAUCCUACAGCAAGUCUCGUUUGCCAUCCCCACGGCCUUGCUGAUUUACCACAAACGCUCCUCCGACUAUCUCCCGUCCAAUGCGCCUUUCCGUCUACCCAGUAUCCUGGGCUGGGCGGCCAACAUCAGCACCAUCAUUUUCUCCGUCGUCAUCUUUAUCUUUUUCCAGAUCCCCGUGACACUGCCCGUCACUGGGAGUAACAUGAGUAAGUCUCUCCUCUCCGACCGGUCUUUCUGA